UGUGUCCUCUCCCCAGGUCAGACGGGACGCUAUGUCCUGGUCCAGAAGCUGCGGGAGAAGGAGAGGCAGCUCCUCCCGCUCGAGUGCCCUCUGGAGUCGCUGGCCAAGUGCGGGCAAUAUGCCAACGACGUGCAGUUCGUCCUCCGGCGGACGGGACCCAGCGUGGCCGAGCGACCCUCCUCGGACGGUGCUCCCCAGGCUCCCGAGAGGACGUUCAUCCGGGCCAGCCUGCCCAUCAAACCCCGGCCCAUGAGCACCGAAGUGCCCCGCUCCCGGGAGCCGAAAAAAGCCAUGACCUUCAACUUGGGCCCUAUGGGCUCCGGCGAGCUGUUCGCCAAGAGCCGAUGGAGGCAACACACGUGGGAGGGCAUGGACUUGAAGGAGAGCGCCGGGGCCAGCCAGCCCUCCAAGGAGGAGCUGUUUAAGACUGUGCUGCGCCAACAGGAGCAGCUGCACUCCUUGGAAGUCCACGAGGACUCCUUGGAGACGGACCUGCGGCACUGGGAGCACGGCAGGGCCUCCAGCCAGGAGGACGAGAUCUUCUUCUUGGAGCAGGUGGUGCGGCGCAACGAGACGGAGCUGGGUGAGGAGGAGUUUUGGCAGAGCGAGCUCCAGCUGGAGAAGGAGUGCGAGCGCGAGAGGCAGGAGCGGGUGAGGAGUUUGCGGGCCAGUCUGGAGGACUAUACACAGAGGAUCUACGAGCUGACCGCCCGCACGGAGGCCCUGCAGAAGGAGAUCCAGUGGGAGAUGGCCGAGAGGGCCAAGAGGGGCAAGGAGACCCCCGGGCCCAGCCCCAUGGAUCUGGAGGAUAUGGCUGCCAAAAUGAAGAGGGAUCUGGAGGCCAAGGUCAAGCAGGGCACCCAGCUGGAGAGCAACCUGGCCAGCGUGGAGAAGGCUUUGGAGGAAGCAGAGAGAAACCUGCAGGCUGAGGUCAUCCGGGAUGCUCGCACCCUUUUGUGGACGAACGGUAAACCUCGGCGUCCCCAAAACGCCUUCCUUGCCCUCCGGCCCCUCCGGCUGGCACGCUGGGUUCGGCUCCGGCCGGGGAUGGGGCUGUUGCACCCCCAAGCGCAAGUCGGGCUUGGGGACGGUGCGUCUUCGCCCUCUGCUGGCAUGCUGGCACAGCCCUUUUCCAGUCUGGGGCAGGCUUGGAGAAGGGAAAACGUGGUGUUGGCGGCUCUGUUGCGGCCGGACCUGCGGUCCCUGAGCCGGGAAAUGUUUCCUUGUCCUCCAGGCUUUCCGCUCACCGGCUCUGACUCACCUCCCCGAGCCGGCACCCAGCAGCUCCUCAGCAAUCCCAGGCACCUGCAGGAGCCCCUGGUGCCCCGCCUGAGCCCCGAGGUCGUGUCAUCCAGGCAGAGCAUCUGGAGGUAGAAGGGCCCGGCCAGCGGAGGAUUAAUCGCCUCGCAAGCCUAACUGUAUAAAUAAAACUGUAUUCCGUAUAUAGAUAUAUAUAUUUUUUACUGCUUUGUAUCAUGAAUGGAUGUGGACGGCCGGAAAAAGUAUUUUUACGGACUGUGAAAGACAGCAAGAACCAACCGAACAGAGCAACCCUCUUCCCCCGUGGAUGAAAACAGACCCGUUCUAUUUUUUUAAAGCGGUUUCUAUAUUUAACAGAAAACGGCAGUGCUCAUGUGCCACCGAGCCUCCUCCAAAGGCCCGUCCCGUGCUUCAGAAAGCCCUUGCUCCUUUGAGAGCCGCCGGGACGGGACGGCCAGCGCGACGUCUCCGCUGCCCGGGCGCAACGGCGAAGGCGCUGCGGGGUCCUGCGCUGCCCUGCAAAAUGUCGCUGGGAUUUCCCGUGGGGAGCGGAAGGGCCAGGCUGCUUUCGGCGCGCCGGGGACGUACCCGUCGCCCUGGCCGGCUCCCUCGCCGCCGCUGACC